CUAAUAUAUGAACUACAUUUAUACUAAUUUUCAGGCGAAUUGGUUUAGUAUGUAAUCCCUAAGGACUAACAACGUUUAAUUUUGAUAUAUUGAGUGAAGUCAAUGAGGUGUAUCAUAUCUACACUAUAAAAGUGAAGCACGUGUGAGAAUGUUAUAGACAUUUGUAUACUUCUAUAUCCCUAGGUUCAAAUGUUUUAGAUCCUAAUAUCCCUGGACCAUUAUAGGCGCUAGUAUAACCAGACGCAAAUAUUCCUAACCACCAAAUAUCCUGAGAGUAAUAUCCCUAGAUCCAAAUGUCGCCAGGUAUUAGAUUCAAAUAUUCCUCGAUGUAAAUAUUCAAAGUGUGGUUCUAUAUAUAUGAUUCAUUUUGUUAAAAAAGGAAACAGUUUCCGGUCGAAGCAGAAUUCUUGGGACACCCAGUAUAUAAUAUAUGUGUGUAUAUGUGACUGCGUACUCGACUCGUGAGACAUGUACGAACUUAAGGGAACACGCAUUCUUAUUCGAUUCACGCACGCCUUUACAGCACGAGCAUUCGUUGCUCGAAGCAGCGCGGAAAAACCGACACUGGCAACCGAUACAUUCUAAAAAUGUUGAAAACCUCUCUCGACUCGACACGUAACGUUCUAAGAUGGUGCGGCUGCAUCGUUUGUCGGUAUAUACGGCUGCUUAAGCCGUAUACUCGCAUGCAACGCAAUGGGAAUUUAUAAAUACUUUUACAAAAUAUAUUUGUCAUGUUCCAUAUAUCCUGCGUCUCACUAUGAGGCGCGUAGGAAUGUUCCGUACGAAAAUAGCGUGCCUAAGUCUUUCGGUGAACCAUGGUAUCGAGACGGAAGAUCCUGUCUCGAUCGAGGGACAAUCUCGUCGAAUCUCAAUACGAAGAUCAGGACGAGGAGGAUGUAUGGUACAAUCUCGAUAAACUCUACAAGGACCACAUUCAAGAGGUAUUAGACAAAUGGAAUCAAAUAGACGAUGAAAUUUGGGCCAAGGUAAUCGUUUUCGAAAGAAACCGAAGGGUAGCAAAAGCAUAUGCAAGAGCACCUGUUCUCACAAUUAACGGAUCCAAUGAUGGUUUCGAUGGCUUUAGGAUAGGGUUAUGUGGUUUCGAAAAUCCGAUGAGGGACACGAAAACGGAGGAAGCCAAAAAGCACAUAAAUCAAGGUGUAAAGAUCAAAAUGGACGAACAGGGAAAUAUCUUAAUAAAGAGGUUAUGUAAAAAUAACGUUUACAUUAAACCGACCAGUCAGGAAGACAACGCAAUUGGAGCAGAAAUUGCACGGAAUUCUCAAGGAGCGUUAGAACACGAGAAACCGGGGAAAGUAUUUGAUAUGAAUAAAUUUCAAACGAACCUGUCACGAGAAACGCGAAGAGCAUAUCCUGACAGAAGAAGGCUGGAAAUGCAAUGUUUGAGCGCUAUCGUAUUCGUCCGAACUGAACCAGAUCUUUUGCAAUGUCCUGUUUGGGUUCUCAUUGUAAAUGUUGUUGGUUUGGAUAUGUUAAAGUCCAAGUUACCACCAGUUUUAGCGUUACAAAGGCCGGUGGAUAUUAAGAAUCGCCCUAGGAUACCGAUUCCUGACGAAGAUCCGUAUAGUGUAGCUGGAGUUUCGUCUUCGAUUGGAGUGUCUGAACAAUUUCCUCAGGAUCGAGAAGCCAGAGAACAGAUUUACGCUCAGUCGACUAGUUGUAGACCAAGAAGAGCCGAGAGACCACCGAAACUGCCACCAAGAGAGAAUCUCUAUGGACAUGAUAUACCUAAACCCGAUUACGACGACAUAGAGGACGAUUAUGCUAGGAAACCUGUUAUAACAAACGAAGAUAAAAGAAGGAAUGACGACAAGAAGAAAUACGAUGAUCCGUAUUAUUGCGGAUUAAGAGCUCGUGUUCCUAACUUUGUAAAAAUGGCGAAAAACAGCAAAGUGCCGCCAAGAGGAUACGUUAGACCGCCUCAAGCACCUGGAUACGCUGCCAGCGGAUAUGCAAGUAGCCAAUCCUCUCAAAUUUAUGGCCAUUUACCUGGAAACCGACCUCCUAUUAUGUAUCAUGCACGAAGUUUUGAAAGUGGACUUGACUCCGAUAGCAGAAACGAAUCACCAUAUAAUCACAUAUAUGGAAGAUUUCCCGUACCGACGAGAGGCGUAAUUCCUCCUCCUGCACCUAGAGCAAUGUAUAUUGGAGAAUGGGAUUAAAAGUGGAAACUAACAAAAGAAGAAAUUAACGUAUAAAUGAAGUAAACAGGAUGUUCAGCAGGAGAAAGAAUUAAGACGAUAUCAUCAAAUGCGUAUGUAACAAAUGAUAAGAAGACAUAACCGAAUAAAAAAGAGAAACAAACAUGAGUUUGUUUCCUUGAAGAAGAAAGCAAGAGGAUAAAGAAGAUACGUGUAAAUUAUAAGCACAAUAAAAUAAAGACUAUAUGUGCAACAAAAUAAUAAUUAAGUAUAGAAAUACUAAAACGAAAGAGGAGAAAAAAUAGAGAAAGGAAGAACUGUUCUUCCAAUUGUACCUAUAAACUGUAUAUUGUUAAUGUACUACUUGAAAUACUCAAAUUUUUAUUGCAAUAAAAUUGUAGAACAGUG